AUCGUGGUACCUGUGGAAAGCUCGGAGAUUUAUGUGGUCUCAAUGAUAUGACUGCUAUUAUUACUGCGACGGGGACUUGUGCUUUAUGCAAGGCCUUGACUCAUGAUUGUCCUAAGACUGUCUGACACCAAGAUUAGCAGCUACAAUGUCAGAAAAGAGAUCAAGUAGCGAGUCAAGCGACUCUUCUUCCCUCAUCAGCUAUCAUAGCGUUCAGCAUCAAGAUGAAAGUCAUUUGGGAUCGGAGAAACGGCAAAGCAACACUUCAGACAGCGGCUCUUCCCCAGGAAGCUCGCAUUCCACGCAAGUUCAUCGAGUUCACUUCGGGACAGAUAGAACGUUCUCGUACGGGGGCUGGCAGCCUGGGGUUGGGCCUCUAGGCCAACCGUCAUCUCACCUACGGCGACGCUCGUCAGCUCAUCCUUCCAUAGACAUCACGGAAGCGCCUCAACGGCGGAAUCCGCAGGCUGCAGCAAGUUACAGAUGGGACCGGGAUGACCAUGAAGGCUUAACAUCCCGUUCAUAUCAUGGAGAAAAGAGUAUAAAGAAGACUCGGUUUCGAGCUUUCCGGGAUUCAGUCAAAGAAAAGACCGCCCACUGGGCAGCUCGCCUGGGCCGUCCGACAGAGGGCGAGGAUGACUUGCAACCAAUUGAUUAUCGUCGCCACAGUACGGAUGCCCAGAUCAAUCAGGACGCUGAGGUUAAGGAUCAGAUUACGUGCAGCUCGGAAGCGCACCGCAUCAUUCGGGGCUUUACGAGCGAUGAUACUGGGCGUCGCCGUAGUGCUCGCAGCGACUCAGCCAUGCACCAUGCAAUCGACAUACCACCAGAUGAUGCUAGCGAGAUCGCUGGAGCGGCAGCGGCCGAGAGCCGCUCGACAGGAGGGAUAUUAUCUCAUCUCUUGCGCCUCAGCGGGGGCUUAGAUCACGUCCCCAAAUCAGCACGAGGACUCAACAUGACGUCUGGAAUGUGGACACCCUUUGGUGGAAGCACUUCGGGAACGACUACUCCUCGCAAGGGAAAGCCACGCUGGUACAAGAAGCCGCCCAACAUGUCCACAUCUACAUUGGUCGGAGCGGGCAGUCACAGCGGUGCCAGUACGCCCAUUUCCAACCAACUACUCGGCGUGGCUUCGAGACGACGCGACAAGCAUUCACGCCGUCGCAGCUUUAGACUGGAGGAUGAGAUCCAGGUGACUCUUCGCAUCGCAGAGAUUAUCGCUCGACAGCGUUACAUCAUGCAGCUGUGCAAGGCACUCAUGAUGUUCGGAGCACCUACUCAUCGCUUGGAGGAAUACAUGCUGAUGACCUCGAAGGUGCUUGAGAUUGACAGCCAGUACCUUUACGUCCCGGGGUGCAUGAUCAUGUCCUUCGAUGACCCGAGCACCCGGACAACCGAAGUGAAGCUUGUCCGUGUUGUUCAAGGCGUGAACUUAGGGCGUCUCUCCGACACCCACAAUGUUUACAAGAACGUCAUUCACGACGUGAUUGGCAUUGAAGAGGCCACCGGAGAACUAGAGGAGCUCAUGACCAAGAAGCCACGCUUUAAUAAAUGGAUAAUAGUUUUCGUCUACGGCCUUGCCACCGCCAUGGUGGGACCAUUUGCAUUCAACGCCCGACCCAUCGACAUGCCCAUCAUCUUCUUCAACGGCUGUCUCCUAGGCAUAAUGCAACACGUGAUCGCUCCUCGCUCAGCCCUCUACAACAACGUUUUUGAAGUGACCGCAGCAGUGCUCACCUCAUUCCUCGCCCGCGCCUUCGGCAGCAUCCACCGCGUCCACGGAUCGGGCCGCCUCUUCUGCUUCUCGGCGAUCGCGCAAUCCUCCAUCGCGCUCAUCCUUCCCGGCUACACGGUCCUCUGCAGCAGCCUAGAGCUCCAAUCCCACCAGAUCGUUGCCGGCUCGAUCCGGAUGGUGUACGCGAUCAUCUACUCUCUGUUCCUCGGCUACGGCGUGACCGUAGGCACCACCAUCUACGGGUUGAUCGACAACAACGCGACCUCGCACCUCAGCUGCCCCUCGACCGGCGCCAUCAAGAACCCCUACCUCCAACGGUUCCCGUUCGUGGUGCUCUUCUCGCUCUGCCUCCUGGUUGUCAACCAGGGCAAAUGGAAACAAGCCCCCGUGAUGACCACGAUCGCCAUCGCCGGCUACGUCACCAACUACUUCGUCUCCGCGCGCCUAGGCAACAACUCGCAGGUCGCCAACACGGUCGGCGCAUUCGUGGUCGGCGUCAUCGGCAACCUCUACAGCCGCCUCUGGCACGGCCACGCCGCCGCCGCCGUCCUCCCCGCCAUCUUCGUACUGGUGCCCUCCGGCCUCGCCGCCACAGGCAGCCUGAUCGCCGGCGUCGACACAGCCGACCAGAUCCGGUCCAACGUGACGAACAAUCACAGUUCCAGUACCACCACCACCACCUCCUCGCCUCAGCAGAAUUCCAUGUCCAAAAACAUCUUAGGCUUCGGAAUGAUCCAAGUCGCCAUCGGGAUCACGGUGGGGUUAUUCGUCGCCGCGUUGGUAGUCUACCCGUUCGGAAAGCGGAGAAGUGGACUGUUCAGCUUCUAAGACCCUUGCUAUUUCCUUCCUUGCUGUUCCAGCGUGCAUAAAGAAUGAAUCCCAGCAGCGCAUUACUGUUUCGAUAUUGUUUUGAGGGAAUUGCGGC